UGUAGAGGGGCGUUACCUUGAGUGACGUCAAAUAUUCGCGACUUGAGACAGCAUGGUAGCAGAGACAUGCGUCUAAUGUUUAGACAAGGCAACUAGUAUUUGAUUAGCUAGCUAACGUUACUUCUUACUAACAUGGAUGUGCAAUUGAAAGGAUCAGAUGAAGACGGAUUUGGAAUAGAGAUUGUUCUUCAAGAGGGAGACAAAAAAGCACCAUCUUGUGUACAUGGUAAGUAACGUGAAACUACGUCUGAAUGAUAUAAAAGUUAGAUAGGUUUUGGGAAAAGGCCCAUAUGAACCUAGCUACCGUAUGAUAUGAAUACUAGCACGCUAACUACAGUUGUAUCUUACAUCUGAAUGAGGGUUAUUCGGUGAAGUAUGUUGAUGUUCUUGGCCCAUGCAGGUCCAACAUUGUUGUUUGAGAAGAACUGCAAAGGAGAGGAGAAAGUCCGGAGGUUUUAUGCCUGCUCAGCGUGCAGAGACAGAAAAGAAUGCAACUUUUUUCAGUGGGAAGAUGAAAAGGUAACAAUUAUCUUUUUGUAUCCCCUGGCAAAUAUAGUGGGCCUAAUAUACAUGUAACCCAGUCAAACGUUCCAGUGAUAGCCACUCUAGCACAGGUGGGAUUGGAAAUGUUCAGAAACGCGUGCAAAACAAACUGCUUUUGUCCAUUUGUUAGCAGCACAUAUAAACAUGUAGCUAGCAAUAAUGUCAUACUGCCAGAUGUAAUUACAGUAGGCUCAUAUUUACAUAUACGUCAUUUAGCAGACGCUCUUAUCCAGAGCAUAGUUCCAAUGUGUUAACGGUGAGCAUGGGAAGAGCUGUAUCACAACGUAUAGCUAUUCUCUUUGACUGUAUGCUCGCCAUACCUGUGCCAAAGAUGGUGGAUAAAUUUAAGAUAGAUUGCUCAGGCCUUUACCAUUGAAAAAAAGUACUUAACUGGGUGUGUCUCCCCGUAGACACCAAUGCAAUAGUAGCCGGGUCUACUUAGUUCAUUGGGAGAAUCUCAUUUGCAUCCUCUAGCCUCCUUCACAAAACCUAUUUGAGGAGGUCAGAGGGGGAGGACCUCUAGCUUUCUCAUCCAAUGGGACGCGAUGAGUAUGCAAUUGAGAUUCUCCAGUUGACUUUCAUUGAACCCGGAACCCUCGCUUCCUCUUCCGUCGCUGCCUGUGCAUCCCCACUUCCUGGUCACCUGUGAUGUGACCCAUGACCCAACAUAUAGUGCCCUCUAUCCAAAUUAAGUGUAUUAUACAAAGACAGACAAACUAUAGACCACACAACACAACAACCACAUAAGUUGGCCAAAAUGCCUCCUACAAUAGCCUACAUUUCCUUUUAUGGAAGCCCAAAUAAUGCCUCUGACUUCUUGAAAGUCCUUGUUUGUGCACAUGAAGUAGUUAACUACACUCCCUUAUUUUCACCAGGCGUGUGACAUGUCUGUUUGUGUUGUAGGUGUCUGAGGCCAGGCUUUUGGCCCGAGAGGAGGAGAACCGGUCAAAGAUGCCAACUUUUACCCAUCAGGAGUACUGCUCCAGGUAAAUAGCCUACACCUGUCCUGAUAUGUAGGGGACUCUAUCCAUGGAACUAUUCCAUUCCAAGUUAGAGAUGGAACGGUAUAGUUCUAUGGAUAACAGUCCAACUGUAAGUACCUUUACUAAGUUGCUAGACAGAUCAUAUUAUGAAUAUUUCACUUGAUAGAUCUUCUCACUACCUCUACAUAAUGUUCUUCCAAUUAAAACCAUGGUUGUUUGUUUCUUUCUUCCAAUCCAGGUUUAGAAAAGUUCCUCGCUCUUCCCCUAGGAAGGAAGUUCUGCCAGGACUGCCAGCUUCUCCUCCUACCAGGAGAAUGGGAAGCCCACGCCUCUCACAAGAUGUCGCAGGCUGAUGACAUCACAGAGGCCCGGCUGAGCAGGCCCAGUCUGAUGUUGAAACCCCUGGAGAACAAGAAGAGUAACGCCCAGUACCUCUUCGCCGACCGCAGCUGUCACUUCCUGUUGGAUACCAUGGCCAAGCGGGGCUACAGGAAGGUUCUCUGUGUCGGAACACCCAGGUGAGGGCUUUGAUUUGGACUUCCCUGUCUGUCGUGUUGUUUAAAACGGGUCAUGUUUAUUAGGGCCAAACGUUUUGCAAGUUAGGUUCACAUAGUACCUCCCGCUUCAUGGCGUUCCAGAGUGUUGUCUUCCAUUUCGUGCCUACUGGACAUUUAGAUUAGAUUCAAGUGCUUUGUUACGCUCUUUGAAUUGUUGUGAUUUGUCUUGUGUUUAAAAUAUAUCCAUCCAAAGUAUCAUAGCCAAUAAUUAAAUGUACAGACAUUCUAUAUUACAAUGUUAUGUGUUUCUGGGAUUGCUUGUUAUUAUGUAUGAUUGAUUGUUUAAUUCACUAUUUCUUCCAGACUACAUGAGCUGAUCAAGCUAAGAAACCAGGAAGGUAAGGGUGAGCCCAUGAAGAGUCUGCUACUGGAUAUAGACUUCAGGUCAGUUUUAUUUUAUUACAUUUACAUUUUAGUCAUUUAGCAGACGCUCUUAUCCAGAGCGACUUACAGUUAGUGAAUACAUAUAUAUAUAUAUAUAUUUUUUUUUUCAUACUGGUCCCCUGUGGGAAUCAAACCCACAACCCUGGUGUUGCAAACGCCAUGCUUUAUCAACUGAGCUACAUCCCUGCCGGCCAUUCCCUCCCCUACCCUGGACAACGCUAGGCCAAUUGUGCGCUGCCCAUAAGGUCACACAAUGCAUUGCUCAGAUUAACAUUUGCUAUGAUUGAACAAAACAGGCAUAGAAAAUAAUUGAGAGUAGAGCAAACACUUUGAAUAGUACAUGAAUGUGCAUAUCGAACGAUGCUUAUUGACAUUUAUGGAUUGCUAUGGGAGUGUUGACGUCCCAUAUCUCUAUAUGGCUGGGCCACACCUGUCCCUCCGAUGGUCUUAGGAAGCGGAACGCAGGGUACAGGGGCUCCGUGAACUGAUGAUGCACCCUAUCAAACACGGUCAUCAAGGCUGCAGAGAACUCCUGCAGGACCUUCAUAGUCUCGGCAUCGUAGAACGCCAGCUUUCCCUUCUCGUAGUGCACCCACACGCCCACCCUACCUGGCACCCUUCGCCCGCUGGCGGAGCACGACACGUGCCUGUCGUUGUGCCAGGCGGAGAGACGGCCAUGCCUGAGUUCCACACACCACGAGUUUCUGUUCCGCCCCAGCUUGGCACCUUUGUCCCGCCCCUUCCGGUCCAUGCUGCUGUAGGCCACGCCCACAGCCCAGGCGGAGCAGUAGCGGACGUCGGCCUCCCAGUAGCGUUGGCCCGUUGUCACGGCGACAGAGCCCAGGGCACAGCAGAUCUUGUCAAACUGGAGGGGGUGCUCUGGAGCAGACUGGGCGGAGUCGGAGAAGCACAUGCCCCGUCCCUCUCCUGUCACUGUGAUCUUGCUAUGGCAGGUCUGCCUGUCAAUCAUCACUGUGGAGGAAUCUGCAAACGGAUUGGAACAGAAACACUUUCUGUAUCUGUAACCUCAUCUGUUUUCCCCCCCCCAAAAUCCUACCUAGAUCCAGAGUGAGAUUUUACCAUGUAGAUAUUUGGUCAUAGCCUCUGUGGCUAGAUUGAUAAGCAGACGUAAGGUAUGUUACCCAGCAGCAGUGUCUUCCUCUGAAGCUGGGCCUUCAGGUCCUUGUAGAAGGAGUGUAGGGUUCUCAGAAGCUUCUCAAACCGCUCUUCAUUCAGCCGGAUCUCUGCUUCGGAAGCAUCCGGCUUCUUAUGGCUACAGGGGGACAGACAGUUCCACAUGUACUUAGCCCAAUGCCAGAGUUCCUAUACGUUUUCAUCAAAAAAGCUAGUCAUAACAUCUCAAAAUAAGGAUAUUGGAGAAAUUAGAGAUUACUAUAAUAUAUUUUUUACCUGAGAUUGUCAGGAAGAUUCUGUAAAAUGGAGUACACACAAUUGUUGAAAUAGCAUAACAUUUACAUUUACGUCAUUUAGCAGACGCUCUUAUCCAGAGCGACUUACAGUUAGUGAGUGCAUACAUUUUAAUUUUUUAUACUGGAAUUGAACCCACAACCCUGGCGUUGCAAACGCCAUGCUCUACCAACUGAGCUACAUCCCUGCCUGCCAUUCCCUCCCCUACCCUGGACGACGCUGGGCCAAUUGUGCGCCGCCCCAUGGGUCUACAACACUGAAACUCUGGUUAGCCUACAUGUAGUUCAUCUGCAGUAUCUAGAAUUAGACCUGUGUAUCGCCCCCUGUCCAAGUCUGCCCCAGGGCUUUCUGGGUAGUGGUGACGCUCCUCUGGACCUGUCCCAGGUGCUGGUCCCAGCCCUUCAGGACCUGGUCUAGUCUGGCGCUGGUCUCUAUGAGGUCCAGCUCCAGCGAGUCCACCAUGGCCUGCAGGUCUCUCUGCAGGGCGGCCCUCAUGCCCUCGAACCUCUCUCUCACCUGGUGCUUCAUCACCUCUGUGCGCCUCUUCAUCAUGAUGAGAGGGGAGGAAAUUGGGGAGUUAAAGGGAACCCAUAGCUUAGAUGCAAGUCUUGUUUCUGAGUUAGCAGAACUUUUGAGUUAGCAGACUGGCACCAGCGCUAGGGAACUUGAAGUCUCUCUAAUCCAUUAUUUUAGCUAGUCUGCGUUAGCAAUGCAAGGUUAGGAAAUAUGGAGAGAAUUCUCUAUGGGUUGUAUUGCCCUUGGCUGCAGUGGCACUCAUGGACCAUAGGGAGGCAGUGUUGUACUCACAGAGAGAUCAGCCUUGCGUUUCUUCAGAGAUAGAAUGUGGGCCUUAGUUCUGGUUCUCUCUGACUGCAGUUCCUCCAAUCGUCUGGACAGCUGCUCCUACAGCACAGAUAGGGUUUGAGAGGACAAAACAGUGAAACUCCAUUGAUGGUUUCUAAAUUACUGCAAAUGAGAAUUGCUUCUGAAUAGAUUGAUUCUCAGUCACUGCUAAUGACGAAUGAUUUUGAAUCGAUUGGUUUCCAUUUAGCUAGUGCAAAUGAGAAUUGCUUCUCAAUCGACCAUCUUGGUUAAACAAAGGUGAAAUACUAGAGAUUACCAUCAGGAAAUCAUUCAUCAUUGGGAACAGUACUAGUAGCAGUCGGAUACCUUGGUCCCAUUCUACACAAUCAUAACAUUUACCUCAGAGAGCUUUCUGGAUGCUGCUAUCUUGCGGAUGAGCUUUGGGGAGCGAGGGUACGGCUGAACCACCCCCUCUCCAGCAGAAUGACUGUCGAGGGGGACCAGUGAGAGAGCGCCGUCCUGUAACACUGCCUGAUAUUCUACAGGGGGAACCAUGGCACCACUCUGGGCUGAGAGCGAAGAGCCGGGGGACACUUCCAGUCUCUGGCCAUCGGUUAUUGGGUCCUUAUCUGCCAUGGCUAAGCAAGAUGUACACACUUGUCAGUGGUAGUCACAUAGAUGUACAAGAUAGGAACCACAGUGUCCCUUAACGUUGGAGCAUCUGUUCCAAGUGUCAUCACUACCAAUCUCCUUUUGUGGCUUUACGGGGGGUCAGUAUGAAAAUGUGUGCACUCACUAACUGUAAGUCGCUCUGGAUAAGAGCGUCUGCUAAAUGACUGAAAUGUAUUAAACUUAGACACAAUCUUAAGUCUAUUCCCUAUCACUGUGCAUUGAUGAUCCCCUUCAUUCAAGAUGUGGUUGAAAGUUGGAGGUGAAUUCAGAAUUCAAUCUAACAAAUGUGAUGGCUGUGUGAUUGUAUUUUGUAAGCGAACUGGUUUGUCUGGUUUUUGGAGGCUGCUAUUGCUGCGGUCUUGAGGCUUGUCUGUUGAAACAUGCCUGCUCUCUCCACGCUCCAUUAUGAUAAAUCUAUGCACAACUUAGGUUCUUGUCAAAGUUUGCAAAAAUACAGGUACUGCUACAACUUAGUAAAAUAAAUAAUUAGCAUGAUAGCUAGGCUAAUUACAGGAUAGCAGAACAGAUUCAUGCAUCAUUUAGCUGCUCAAUGCAUUUCACUGAAAGGAAUUAUUGAAGCAUGUUUACCAAUGCCUUGUGUCGUUCAAUCAUAACCAUCCUGCAGCUUUAAGGAAAUGAGUUCUUUGCCAGUUCUGUGCCCAACAAUCCCAAAUGAAUCUAUAUUGGUAUAGCCUAAUGUAUGUUUAUGAGAUGUAUGUAUGUCUAUACUCACUCUGUUCCUAUGUCUCAUCCGUUCUCUGUGCGUGUCUGUUAGGAAUGUGUCAGAUUGAACAUCAGCAAGGGUGUAAUAACGAGUAACAAGCUGAAGCCUGUGUGGGUGUAUUUACUGUUGCUCAAGUGCCCUUCAGUGAUUUUAUUUUUCCAAGAUUGGAAAUGUAUAAUCACACCAAUACAACCCAGUGGACUUUCUGUUCACUACAGGAGGCGGCUAACCGCCGUGGUAGUCCCACCCUAAUCCACCCUGCCGUGGUAGUCCCACCCUAAUCCACCCUGCUCCAUGCUCAUACUGAUCCUACAUUACAUGGAAUGAACGAUGUAAUGAAAGCACUAUCAGAUGUCAUGUGGAAAUCUUCUUGUUUUUGUCUGUUCCAGAUAUGCUCAGUUCUAUGGCGAGGACGAGUUCUGUCACUACAACAUGUUCAACCAUCACUUCUUUGGAGGAGAGGUAAAAGUUUGACCCUCAUGAUUGUCUUAAAUUAAUUUAUCCAAAGGCUUGAUCCUUUUUUUUUUUGAAUGAGUAUCGAACUCCAUGUAAUGUUUUUACACAGGCAGCGAGCGGGGUCCUCCAAGCCUUCCUCAGUGAGGAAAAUGGGGAGAAGGUAAUCCUGGUGUCUGACCCUCCAUUCGGGGGCCUGGUGAAGCCUCUGGCCCACAGUUUCUCCCAAAUCUCAGAGACGUGGCGGAAACUGCAGACCGCCGGUUAGUGUUGCAGUGAAUGAAUUUGUCUCCGCUAAUAAAUAAAAUGCAUAUCGAUUACAUUAAGUAUUAUUAAAAACGUAAUGCAUUUUCCAAUUUAAAACAUUGACAUAUACAGUGAGGGGGAAAAAGUAUUUGAUCCCCUGCUGAUUUUGUACGUUUGCCCACUGACAAAGACAUGAUCAGUGUAUAAUUUUAAAUGGUAGGUUUAUUUGAACAGUGAGAGACAAAAUAACAACAACAAAAUCCAGAAAAACGCAUGUCAAAAAUGUUAUAAAUUGAUUUGCAUUUUAAUGAGGGAAAUAAGUAUUUGACCCCUCUGCAAAACAUGACUUAGUACUUGGUGGCAAAACCCUUGUUGGCAAUCACAGAGGUCAGACGUUUCUUGUAGUUGGCCACCAGGUUUGCACACAUCUCAGUAGGGAUUUUGUCCCACUCCUCUAUGCAGAUCUUCUCCAAGUCAUUAAGGUUUCGAGCCUGACGUUUGGCAACUCAAACCUUCAGCUCCCUCCACAGAUUUUCUAUGGGAUUAAGGUCUGGAGACUGGCUAGGACACUCCGGGACCUUAAUGUGCUUCUUCUUGAGCCACUCCUUUGUUGCCUUGGCCGUGUGUUUUGGGUCAUUGUCAUGCUGGAAUACCCAUCCACGACCCAUUUUCAAUGCCCUGGCUGAGGGAAGGAGGUUCUUUCCCAAGAUUUGACGGUACAUGGCCCCGUCCAUCGUCCCUUUGAUGCGGUGAAGUUGUCCUGUCCCCUUAGCAGAAACCCCCACCCAAAGCAUAAUGUUUCCACCUCCAUGUUUGACGGUGGGGAUGGUGUUCUUGGGGUCAUAGGCAGCAUUCCUCCUCCUCCAAACACGGCGAGUUGAGUUGAUGCCAAAGAGCUCGAUUUUGGUCUCAUCUGACCACAACACUUUCACCCAGUUCUCCUCUGAAUCAUUCAGAUGUUCAUUGGCAAACUUUAGAUGGCCCUGUAUAUGUGCUUUCUUGAGCAGGGGGACCUUGCGGGCGCUGCAGGAUUUCAGUCCUUCACGGCGUAGUGUGUUACCAAUUGUUUUCUUGGUGACUAUGGUCCCAGCUGCCUUGAGAUCAUUGACAAGAUCCUCCUGUGUAGUUCUGGGCUGAUUCCUCACUGUUCUCAUGAUCAUUUCAACUCCACGAGGUGAGAUCUUGCAUGGAGCCCCAAGCCGAGGGAGAUUGACAGUUAUUUUGUGUUUCUUCCAUUUGCGAAUAAUCGCACCAACUGUUGUCACCGUCUCACCAAGCUGCUUGCCGAUGUUCUUGUAGCCCAUUCCAGCCUUGUGUAGGUCUACAAUCUUGUCCCUGACAUCCUUGGAGAGCUCUUUGGUCUUAGCCAUGGUGGGGAGUUUGGAAUCUGAUUGAUUGCUUCUGUGGACAGAUGUCUUUUAUACAGGUAACAAACUGAGAUUAGGAGCACUCCCUUUAAGAGUGUGCUCCUAAUCUCAGCUCAUUACCUGUAUAAAAUACACCUGGGAGCCAGAAAUCUUUCUGAUUGAGAGGGGGUCAAAUGCUUAUUUCCCUCAUUUAAAAUGCAAAUCAAUUUUAUAAAAAAAAAAUCUGGAUUAUUUUGUUGUCAUUCUGUCUCUCACUGUUCAAGAAAAACCUACCAUUACAAUUAUAGACUGAUCAUUUCUUUGUCAGUGGGCAAACGUACAAAAUCAGCAGGGGAUCAAAUACUUUUUUCCCUCACUAUAUGUUCUAUAAGUAGAAAUGAAGGACUUAAAUCCAUAACCUGAUUUAUUUUGUGUGUGUUUCUCCAGAGAACAGUGUUGUGGAGAUACCUAUGGUGUGGAGCUUCCCCUACUUCUUUGAGCCGCGCAUCCUGGAGUGCUUCCCCUCUUUCACCAUGCUAGACUACCAGGUAAGCCAGUUGUAUUCAGACAUAUUGGCGAAUCUCAGGAGCACAGCUUGACAUAUGUGCAUUAGUAAAAGAUAAUGAUUGAUAAUAAUGUGCAUUUACGAGGGGAAAAAGUAUUUGAUCCCCUCUCAAUCAGAAAGAUUUCUGGCUCCCAGGUGUCUUUUAUACAGGUAAUGAGCUGAGAUUAGGAGCACACUCUUAAAGGGAGUGCUCCUAAUCUCAGUUUGUUACCUGUAUAAAAGACACCUGUCCACAGAAGCAAUCAAUCAAUCAAAUUCCAAACUCUCCACCAUGGCUAAGACCAAAGAGCUCUCCAAGGAUGUCAGGGACAAGAUUGUAGACCUACACAAGGCUGGAAUGGGCUACAAGACCAUCGCCAAGCAGCUUGGUGAGAAGGUGACAACAGUUGGUGCGAUUAUUCGCAAAUGGAAGAAACACAAAAUAACUGUCAAUCUCCCUCGGCCUGGGGCUCCAUGCAAGAUCUCACCAAGUGGAGUUGCAAUGAUCAUGAGAACGGUGAGGAAUCAGCCCAGAACUACACAGGAGGAUCUUGUCAAUGAUCUCAAGGCAGCUGGGACCAUAGUCACCAAGAAAAGUAUUGGUAACACACUACGCCGUGAAGGACUAAAAUCCUGCAGCUCCCGCAAGGUCCCCCUGCUCAAGAAAGCACAUAUACAUGCCCGUCUGAAGUUUGCCAAUGAACAUCUGAAUAAUUCAGAGGAGAACUGGGUGAAAGUGAUGUGGUCAGAUGAGACCAAAAUGUAGCUCUUUGGCAUCAACUCAACUCGCCGUGUUUGGAGGAGGAGGAAUGCUGCCUAUGAACCCAAGAACACCAUCCCCACCUUCAAACAUGGAGGUGGAAACAUUAUGCUUUGGGGGGGGGUUUUCUGCUAAGGGGUCAGGACAACUUCACCGCAUCAAAGGGACGAUGGACGGGGCCAUGUACCGUCAAAUCUUGGGUGAGAACCUCCUUCCCUCAGCCAGGGCAUUAAAAAAAUGGGUCGUGGAUGGGUAUUCCAGCAUGACAAUGACCCCAAAACACACGGCCAAGGCAUCAAAGGAGUGGCUCAAGAAGAAGCACAUUAAGGUCCUGGAGUGGCCUAGCCAGUCUCCAGACCUUAAUCCCAUAGAAAAUCUGUGGAGGGAGCUGAAGGUUCGAGUUGCCAAACGUCAGCCUCGAAACCUUAAUGACUUGGAGAAGAUCUGCAAAGAGGAGUUGGACAAAAUCUGCAAAGAGGAGUUGGACAAAAUCCCUCCUGAGAUGUGUGCAAAUCUGGUGGCCAACUACAAGAAACGUCUGACCUCUGUGAUUGCCAACAAGGGUUUUGCCACCAAGUACUAAGUCAUGUUUUGCAGAGGGGUCAAAUACUUAUUUCCCUCAUUAAAAUGCAAAUCAAUUUCUAACAUUUUUGACAUGCGUUUUUCUGGAUUUUUCUGUUGUUAUUCUGUCUCUCACUGUUCAAAUAAACCUACCAUUUAAAAGGAUAGACUGAUCAUGUCUUUGUCAGUGGGCAAACAUACAAAAUCAGCAGGGGAUCAAAUACUUUUUUCCCUCACUGUAUGUCUACCCGAGGUCUCUCUGCUUGGCACUCUGCAUUAAGGAUUGAGGGUAAGUCCCUGUUAUAGACUAGCGUCCUGUCCAGGGAGUGUACUCACUCUACAGAAACUGGACUAUGGACCUUUCUGGCUCGGACAAGGCUACUUACUUAACUUUGUUCUACUGUAUGUAGCCCUUCCACCACCAAACGGACUCAUUAGGUAGCCCUUACACCACCAAACGGACUCAUUAGGUAGCCCUUCCACUACCAAACUGACUCAUUAGGUAGCCCUUCCACUACCAAACGGACUCAUUAGGUAGCCCUUCCACCACCAAACGGACUCAUUAGGUAGCCCUUACACUACCAAACUGACUCAUUAGGCAGCCCUUACACUACCAAACUGACUCAUUAGGUAGCCCUUCCACCACCAAACUGACUCAUUAGGUAGCCCUUCCACCACCAAACUGACUCAUCAGGUAGCCCUUCCACCACCAAACUGACUCAUUGUUGUUCUCCUAGGUGGACUAUGACAACCAUCCCCUCUAUAAACAUGGAAAGACGGGCAGAAAGCAGUCCCCUGUCCGCCUGUUCACCAACCUGACACCACGAGACAUCAUCCUCCCUAAGGAGGAGGGUUACAGGUACACACACACCAACCUGACACCACGAGACAUCAUCCUCCCUAAGGUGGAGGGUUACAGGGACACGCACCAACCUGACCCCACGAGACAUCAUCCUCCCUAAGGAGGAGGGUUACAGGUACACACACCAACCUGACACCACGAGACAUCAUCCUCCCUAAGGAGGAGGGUUACAGGUACACACACCAACCUGACACCACGAGACAUCAUCCUCCCUAAGGUGGAGGGUUACAGGGACACACACCAACCUGACACCACGAGACAUCAUCCUCCCUAAGGUGGAGGGUUACAGGUACACACACCAACCUGACACCACGAGACAUCAUCCUCCCUAAGGUGGAGGGUUACACACACACACCAACCUGACACCACGAGACAUCAUCCUCCCUAAGGAGGAGGGUUACAGGGUCACACACCAACCUGACACCACGAGACAUCAUCCUCCCUAAGGUGGAGGGUUACAGGGACACACACCAACCUGACACCACGAGACAUCAACCUCCCUAAGGUGGAGGGUUACAGGGUCACACACCAACCUGACACCACGAGACAUCAUCCUCCCUAAGGUGGAGGGUUACAGGGACACACACCAACCUGACACCACGAGACAUCAUCCUCCCUAAGGAGGAGGGUUACAGGUACCCACACACUAACCUGACACCACGAGACAUCAUCCUCCCUAAGGUGGAGGGUUACAGGUACACACACACCAACCUGACACCACGAGACAUCAUCCUCCCUAAGGUGGAGGGUUACACACACACACCAACCUGACACCACGAGACAUCAUCCUCCCUAAGGAGGAGGGUUACAGGGUCACACACCAACCUGACACCACGAGACAUCAUCCUCCCUAAGGUGGAGGGUUACAGGGACACACACCAACCUGACACCACGAGACAUCAACCUCCCUAAGGUGGAGGGUUACAGGGUCACACACCAACCUGACACCACGAGACAUCAUCCUCCCUAAGGUGGAGGGUUACAGGGACACACACCAACCUGACACCACGAGACAUCAUCCUCCCUAAGGAGGAGGGUUACAGGUACCCACACACCAACCUGACACCACGAGACAUCAUCCUCUCUAAGGUGGAGGGUUACAGGUACACACACCAACCUGACACCACGAGACAUCAUCCUCCCUAAGGAGGAGGGUUACAGGUACACACACACACACCAACCUGACACCACGAGACAUCAUCCUCCCUAAGGUGGAGGGUUACAGGGACACACACCAACCUGACACCACGAGACAUCAUCCUCCCUAAGGAGGAGGGUUACAGGUACACACACACCAACCUGACACCACGAGACAUCAUCCUCCCUAAGGAGGAGGGUUACACACACACCAACCUGACACCACGAGACAUCAUCCUCCCUAAAGAGGAGGGUUACACACACACCAACCUGACACCACGAGACAUCAUCCUCCCUAAGGAGGAGGGUUACAGGGACACACACCAACCUGACACCACGAGACAUCAUCCUCCCUAAGGAGGAGGGUUACAGGUACACACACACCAACCUGACCCUCCUUCCUGAGAGGGGCUUACAGGUACAACCAAUUAUUCCCUGUCCCACAUGAGCCAAAUGCCUGUUACAGUAAUAUAAUCAUAUUAAGAUGUCAUCCUAAAUGGAACAUGGAAAAUAUAGUUAAUCAUCUUAUUGGUCAGAUUAAAAAGGAUUCAUUUUGGUGGGAUAAGUAUUAGAGAGGAGUUCUUAAGAGGCCAGAUUAAAUUAGAUCCAUCUGUUUUUUUCCUUGUCAUAGAUUCUGCAAAGUCUGUGAGAGAUAUGUGUGGUCUGAGAACAAGCAUUGUACUAAAUGCAACUUGUGCCCUUCAAAGGUAUGUAUUUCCCCGUGGCAGGCUGAAAAAUUACUGUUUAACUUGAUGAAAUAGUUAGCUACAUUGCGUUGAAUUAGAGGUGCAUGUGCUUCACAUGCUGCAAUAUCACUUUUCACAACAGGUCAGACUUUUCAUAAUGUUUGUUCUUUCAGGAUGGGAGAGAGUGGAAGCAUUGCUCAGAGUGUCAGAAGUGUGUGAAGCCAUGUGAGUAUCUCCCAGACUGCCAACACUGUCAAACCCCAAUGUUUGGGUUGAGUGAUUGUUUGACUGGUACCUCUGCCCUCUCUCCCUCCCUCCCCAGCCUGGCGUCACUGCCAGUCCUGUGGGCGCUGUGCCCUCCGGGACCAUCCCUGUGGGAACAGCCCGGGUCUGGAAGGCUGUUUCAACUGUGGCAGCUUGAAGCACAAACACAGAGCCUGUCCCCUCAAAGACAAACAGAGGACCAUUAACAAGUGAGUUUACUCUACUCCAUAUACCCAGACACAACACAAAGAGAAACACAGACACACAGGGCUGGUACAUUUUAUUUCCCAAGACACUAAACUACUGUAUGUUCCCAGCUCUACCCAUAUCAGUACAGUUUUGUUACACACCCUAAAUGGCGUGUUUCUCUGAGGGUUCGAACUGAUUUUGUUUGCCUGUGUGAGUGUGUCUGAACUUGUUCUCUCUCUCCCUCCCUCUCCUGUCCCAGUAAGACUAAAGGAGGCAGGAUCCUGCCCAAACAACAACCCAAAAAGUCAAAUUCCAAGAGGAAGUCUGGAGCCCAGCGCAGAGCCAACAAGUUGAAGAAGACAGCAGAAUAGGUCACAUAACCCCACUUUCACAAUCACCACACAGCAAGGGAGAUGUGUGUGUAGCAGAUGUGAAGUAGUUAGUCACUAGUUGCCAUCUUACAUGUGUGGUUGCUGUACUGUAGACAGUCAAAGAAUCUUUAAAGAAAUGUAAAUUAUGUUUUUGCUUAAUAAAGAUAGAAUGUUACACCACCA